AUGGAGCAGCUAACCCGAGAAUUACAAAAGCAAUCUCUGUUUAUCGAUAGUUUAAGCUUAAGGGUUAAUCAGUUAGAAAGUUUGGUCAAAUCACUUGAUUCAGAAAAUGCAGAAGAUUCGGAAUCGGAUUCAUUCAAACAACGAAUUGGAGAUCUUGAAAUGGACUUUAUUCUUGGACGGAAAGAACAAGAAACUUACAAAGAUGAGAUCAAAGGACUACGACAGGAGAAUAACGAACUUAAACAGCGAAUUGCGAAACUCGAAGCAGACUUCGUGCCUAAACAAAAGGAAGAGGAAUUUGAUAAAGAAGAAAUUAAGAAACUACGCCGCGAAAAUGACGAGUUGAAGUCGCAACUCUCAAAUAUUUACCUCAACAAACUGCUGCUUCCCGACCAGAGACUUGAGGUUCUUGAGCAAGAAAACAAGGAUCGAAAAAGUCAAAUCGUUCAGGUCGAAGAAGAAAUCUCAAAGAUCAAAUCCAAGAUUGUGAAACAACUUGAAGAUAAACAGCGAGGAAUGGCUUUAGCACUAUGGGAUUACAAUGGUGCCGAUUACGGAGAUCUUUCGUUCAAAAAAGGAGACAUCAUAUGCGAUAUCGUUCCGGUAAACAAGGAUUGGUGGAAGGGGAAAACGAAGGAUGGAAGUUCAGGAAUAUUUCCAGGUAGGCAGUUUUCGGUUGAUGGAGAAGGGAUUUAG